AUGCUUCAGACACCGGCUGACAGCAUUCCCAAAGCGUCCUCUAGAGGAAAAGACAAGGACUUUGGAACCAGGGUCAGACCAGAUCAAUGGCUACAAGAAGAGAAUAAAACCAUUAAUUCUCUAUUUCACAGACUUCAUCUUGAAUACAGACACCAUCAUAAACUGAGAGCUGCAGAUGUUCUUCAGAUAACUGAACAUUCAUUACAGUCUCAUGAGUCUUGUCCUGAAGAAGAGCUGGUCCAGACUUUUAUACAAAAACUACUGUUGAUGAACUACAGAGCAAGAUACAUUAAUGUUAAUAAGGCCAAAGAACAGGUUCGAGUACAACAAAGAGACAAUAGCUCUGAAGAUGAGGAUACUAUAUUUGAUCAUUUUUUUAAAGAAAAACCUUCAUCAAACAAAGGAACAUGUCAAUCUGAUCUCAUUCACCCGAUGGAUGUUCAGAUGGCUGUGUUUCAUUGUGCUGAUGGUUUCCUGAAGCAGCUGAUGGUCACUAAACUGUCCCAGUGUCAGUACGCUCUGCCUCUGCUUGUUCCUGAUCCAUUCACAAAACAGAUUGAGUUUCCUCUCUGGACAUUCAGACAAAUCAACAAAAGCUGGAAGAUUAGAAACACCAACAAUGAGACCAUCAGUAAAUCCCAGCCGAUCUACAAGGCACAAACUCCAAUGGUGUUUUUCUUCAGGUUUGCCUCUGUGUCUUCAUCCAAGUCUCAGCUGAUGAACAGUCUGAUCAAUGAGAAACACAACACGUUCUUCCACAGGAACUGUCCAGGCAGCAGCAGAACCAGAGUCCUGAUGGAUGGAGUGGUGGAGAUCGCCUGGUUCUGCCCCUCUGGAACAAAUGAUGAUAAAUUCACUGACUGUGUUGCGUUCUGUAAUCUACACGGGGAUGCAGGAGACCAUGAGAAACAGCUGCAGAUCCUCACUGAAAUGGCUUCAGUCAGUGUUGUUCUUCUACCACAACUUCAGAGAAAUGACAGAAGUGCAACAAUAAUCCAAAACCUGUUCAAGUACAAAAAGCCACUCAUUUGUAUUUUUACUGAGGAUGAAUCAACUGUCACUGAGAUGAAGAAAGGGAAAUUCAAAAUCGGUUUGAAAUACAGAAAUCAGUCAGACGUAUCUGAAGAACUCAGAAGAGCUAUAACUGAUUGUCUCUCUGAAUCAUCUUCCACUUUCAGACUUGAAGAUGUGUCAAAACACUCAGAUAUCAGAGUAGAUGAGGAUGAUGAUGAUGACUGCAGGAAAGGAAGAGAAGCAGCACAGCAGAUGAUGAGUUUACUGGAGAAGAAAGAUCUGACAGAAAUCAAAGAAACAUUUCUGCCUCAUCAGGGGAAACUGUGGCAUCAGUGGAGUCAGAAGAACAAAGAACUACAUCGAUCUCGAGGAGAUGAGAUAGAAAUGGACAUCAGUAGAAAACAAACAGAGAUGACGAAAAUCCGUGAACAGCAGUAUGAAUCUGACAUCAGUGAGUUCAUGAAGCUCUUUAUUAAUGAAAUUUGUUCAAAUGCUGUAAUUAAAAAGAUAUAUUUUCUUAAAAGGCUUGAAAUAUUCCUGGAUGAAUAUAUCACUACUGACUUUUCUACUAUACAUAGCAAAUAUGAUGAAAAGUGGUCAACAGUUGUAAGACUGAUAGCGAAUUAUGAUAGAUCUGAGCAACUGACAACUGAACAAACUGAUCUUGAGCGAAUAUCUGAGAAACUUCAAGCUGCAACCUUUGGUUUGGAGCACAUCAUUAGGGAGAUUGGUCAGAUCUAUGAAUCCUGUUCAUCAGUGAAGAAGAACAAGAAAGAUCUGGAGGUCCACUUCUCUUCUCUCCCAAGUCUUGCAGCAGAGAUGAUGAUCUCUGGAUUUCCUCUGGAGCUGAUGGAUGGAGAUGCUGCUCAUGUUCCUGUGAUCUGGAUCUCUGCUGUUCUAGAUGAACUCGUCCAGAAACUGGGAGACCAGCGAGUCUUUGUGCUGUCAGUUUUAGGGGUUCAGAGCUCUGGGAAAUCCACCAUGCUGAACGCUAUGUUUGGACUUGAGUUUGCCGUCAGUGCUGGAAGAUGCACCAGAGGAGCUUUCAUGCAGCUGGUCAGAGUCUCAGACAAGAUGAAAACACAGAUGAAGAUUGACUAUAUUCUGGUUGUUGAUACUGAGGGUCUUUGUGCUCCAGAACUGGCUGGGAAAUCAACAAGAGAUCAUGACAAUGAAUUGGCCACAUUUGUUGUAGGUCUUGCAAAUCUGACACUGAUCAAUAUUUUUGGAGAAAAUCCUUCUGAAAUGCAGGACAUUCUUCAGAUUAUUCUUCAGGCCUUCAUGAGGAUGAAGAAGGUCAGACUGAAUCCCAGCUGUGUGUUUGUGCAUCAGAACGUUUCAGACGUCACAGCUGAAGAGAAAAACAGGAAGGGCAGGAGACGACUGCAGGAGACACUGGAUGAGAUGGCAAAACUUGCAGCUGAAGAGGAAGUUUAUGAUGCAGAAUGUUUCAGUGAUGUCAUUAGAUUUGAUGUUCAGAAAGAUGUGAAGUAUUUUGCUCAUCUCUGGGAGGGAAACCCACCUAUGGCACCACCGAACCCAAAGUACUGUGAUAAUAUUCAAGAACUAAAGGAAACUAUUAUGUCUCAUGCAGCAAAAUCAAAUGGAAUGAUGCUGAUAGAAUUAAAAGAUCGUAUUAAAGAUCUCUGGGAGGCUUUACUGAAUGAACGAUUUGUCUUCAGCUUCAGAAAUACCCUGGAGAUUUCAGCUUACAGGAAACUAGAGACUGAAUACAGCAAGUGGUCCUGGAGUCUACGCAGUACCAUGAUGGAAACUGAGAACAAACUACACAAUAAAAUAGAAAAUCAAGUAAUUCAUGAGAUUGAAGAAACUGAUCUUCAAGGAGAACUGAAGGAUACAAGUGAAGAAGUUGAAAAAUCAAUGUCAGAAUUCUUUGAGAAAGACACAGAUGCAAAUAUACUGAUUCAGUGGAAAUCAUCAUUUGAAAUCAAAAUAAAAAAUGUUCAGGAAAGCAUUUUGAAAGAAACAAAGAGGAAAUUAAGUGAGAUUCUUCAGCAGCGAGACCUGAAGAAAAAGAUUGAUGCUCAGAGGACAAAUCAUGAAAACACUCUCUAUGAAAAGAGCAAAGAACUUGCCUUAAAACUGAAACAGAAAGCAAAAGAUGAAGAAACACUGAAAAAAGAGUUUGAUUUGUUUUGGGAACAGAGUGUAAAGAAGAUCAUGAGAGACACUCCUGCAAUCAAAGACAUUGACAUAAUAACAGAUGUAAAAAGGCUUCUCAGUGACAUGCAUCAGGGAUACCUCACUGUAGAACAGAUAAAAGAGGGCAUUGAAGACAGUAUUUUCAAUGUGAUAAGUUAUCAUAAAUACAUUAUUUUAAAAAGAUCGAUACAAAAAGAGAUUAGAGAUACCGUAAAAGAUCCUUGUCGAACAGUAAAUGCAUCAUUUGGAAAUGAUCAAAUUCUGUCUCCAGCGGAUGAAGCCCAGAUCAGAUCAUUAGUCACAGAUGUUGUUCAGCAGACAGACAAAAUGAUUCAGUCAUUUAACAUUUCAAAGAUGGGCUACAACAUCAGCUGCAUUCAAAAACUCACAGUUUACAUAAAGGCAAGAGUUACAGAACAUGAGGAAGGACCAGUGAAAUAUGUGUUCAAGAAACAGUUCUUUGUGGAUUUAGAUCUGUCCAUCUUUAAAAGAGCAAAGGAGAAUAUCACUGACCAACACAGACUGUUCAGGGAAGCCAAUGAUCCUGUUCUCUAUUUGGAGAGGAGAAGGGAAGAGUACUACAGUAUUUUCCAGAAAUACUGUCAAGGAGCUGCAUCAGCUGCCAUUUUUGGUGAGAUCAUCUGUCAGAAACUUAAAGAGCCCAUUGAGCAGAGUGUCUACAAGAAGACCGCAAGAGAUUUAGCAGAUGAAAUGAGAUCAAACUGUGAAUCACUGAAUGGAAACAGAUCAAAUCUGGAGAAACACAUCAUGAAGACACUGGCAGAGGAGGAGGACUUUGACAAAUACAUGAACUACAUUCAUAAUCCCAGAGAUCACUUCAAGAGUUUCAUCAGAGAUGAAGUCUGUCGGUACAUCACUGAUAAGUUCAGUGUCAGUGUUUUACCAAAGAUGAAGGAGAACAUUGAACUUCUGCAGCAGAAGAUCAUGAAAGCAGCUCAUCAAUCCACUAAACAUGUUCAAGAGAAGAGAGGAGAUGAAUCUACUGAACACGUUCAAGAGAAGAGAGGAGAUGAAUCUACUGAACACGUUCAAGAGAAGAGAGGAGAUGAAUCUACUGAAUAUAUUCAAGUCAACAGUGGGGAUGUUGGUUUGUGGUUGAAGAGUUUCACACAGCAACUCUCAGAUGAGCUGAUCUUCUCUGAAAAAGACCUCAGUGGAGUCAAACAUGAUGAUGUUGAUGAUUUCAAACUCCUAGAAGAUGUGAUAAGACAAGAACUUCCUGCUAUAAUGUCUGACAUCAGCAAUAGAUUCAAUACAAAUACUUUUCCAGUAAAUCUGGACUGUAAAUUCAGACCAGAUGAACUUCUGAGUGAACACUUCUGUCGGUGCUGUUGGGUUAAGUGUCCAUUCUGUACUGCCAUUUGCACCAACACCAUAGAAAACCAUGAUGGAGAUCACAGUGUUUCCUUUCAUCGUGUCAGUGGAAUAAACGGAUUAUAUUACAAUAAUACAGAUUACCUGUGUACCCAUAUCUGCACAUCAGCUGUAGCAAACAGUGCUCUGUAUUUUUAUCCCAAUGAAUCACAAAAAGUCCUCUGGAGAGAUUACAGAACAGCAGGAGAAGAGUACGCGAGGUGGAGCAUCACCUCUGAUCUCUCUGAACUGCCCUACUGGAAGUGGUUUGUGUGUCGAUUCCAGAAAGAUCUGGAAAAACACUACAGUAAAACAUUUGAGGGACAUGGUAAGAUCCCAGAUGAAUGGAAGAAAUACACUAAAGAGAUUUCUCUAGAGAGUUUGGAUAAAUACAUUUAGUUUCUCAUUUGAAAGUCACUUUGUUUAAAAGCCUUAGAUGAAUACAUUUAAAUUUAGAUGAACAAGUAAAUUAUGUUUUAGGUCUUUGUUUUAAAAAACACAAUGUGAAGUGACUUUGUUCCUCACUCCAGUGAGUCUCACAUUAGAUCAUCAGUUCUCAGAAUACUGUACAUCAGAGAACAGUGUAGAGAUUUAAGUAGUAGAUUUAAAAAAUUUAUUUUCAAAGCUGUUUGACUUGACUCUGCAUUACAAUAAUUUCAAUUGUGAAAACUAAUUCUUUAAAAGGGGAUAUACAAAUUUUCUGCCAAUCUCAUGUUAAUCUAGAGUACCUUGAAUAUGCUGAAGAGUCUUUAGUUUUAUCAGAUUUAUAAAAGACAGAUAAAGCUUGACGAUUCUCCUAUGCAAGUAAACAAUGCAUGCACGUAGUGAUGCUGAUAAAGAACAUGCAUGCACUGCACCUUCUUUAUGAGCAGAGGAACGCACAAUAUAUUUUAAUAUUUAGCUUGCGGGUUGGUUUAUUCUUAUUUUGUGUCAGGAGUUGUCAGAAAUACUGGUUAACUCAUGAAACUUUUG